AAAAUCAUCCCAAAUAACGAAAACUCUCACCGAAAAUCUCCAGAUCCUUUUUUUUGGUUAUGAGACACUUCUCGCUUGAAUUUUCAUCGCCAAAAAGAGACUUCCAAACCUCUUUAAAUUCGUAACUGGUUAUGCUCCCGGGUCGAGCUAGAAGGACGACUUGUGGGGGAUUUCCGUUCGUUUGCGAGGUCAGAGAAGGCUGGCUGCGUUCGUCGGUGCUGCUGUUGAAAAACACGAUGAAAAUGGCGUGGACACCGCAAGAAGAAGGACUCAGGCAAAUUUUGACGCUACUCCGGGAGUCUCAAAGUCCUAACACUGAGACUCAGCGAGCAGUUCAGCAAAAACUCGAAGAGUUGAACAAAUUUCCAGACUUCAACAGUUAUCUUAUAUUCGUCUUGACGCAAUUGAAAACCGAAGAUGAACCGACAAGAUCCCUCAGUGGUUUAAUAUUAAAAAACAACGUGAAGGCCCAUUACCACAAAUUCCAUCCCGAUGUAACGAAUUUCAUUAAGCAAGAAUGUUUAUCGGCCGUGGGAGACCCUUCGCCUUUGAUUCGAGCGACUGUUGGCAUCCUCAUUACAACUCUAGCAUCAAAAGGUGAUUUGACCGCAUGGCCGGAACUGCUUCCGGCUUUGUGCACUAUGCUCGAUUCACAGGAUUACAAUGUGUGCGAGGGCGCAUUUGGCGCGCUGCAAAAAAUCUGCGAGGAUUCGGCCGAGCUUCUCGAUUCAGACGCACUGAAUCGACCGCUCAAUGUUUUAAUUCCGCGAUUUUUGCAAUUCUUCCGGCACAGUAGUCCCAAAAUUCGAUCGCACGCAAUCGCGUGUGUUAAUCAAUUUAUCAUUCAUCGGGUUCAGCCACUGAUGAUUCACAUUGACAGUUUCAUCGAGAAUCUCUUCCACUUGGCGACUGAUGAUGAUCCUGAUGUCCGGAAAAAUGUUUGCAGAGCACUCGUUAUGUUGUUGGAGGUACGAAUGGAUCGUUUGAUUCCCCACAUGCAUAGUAUAAUUGAAUAUAUGCUUAUGCGUACGCAAGACCCUGACGAGAAUGUUGCAUUAGAAGCCUGUGAAUUUUGGCUCUCGUUGGCCGAACAACCCAUUUGCAAAGACGCUCUUGCACCGCAUUUGCAUACCCUCAUUCCCAUUUUGGUGAAAGGGAUGAAGUAUUCGGAAAUCGACAUUAUCCUGUUGAAGGGAGACGUCGAGGAGGACGAAAUGAUUCCCGACAAGGAGGAGGACAUCAGACCAAGAUUCCACAAGUCCAAGACGCAUCACUCGCACGCCACGAUGAGUAAGCACAUUGACGAGAACGGCGGAUGCGGGGACGAUAAGUAUCUCGACAUGGAGGACGGUGGCGACGGGGGCGACGAUGAGUCGACCCUCGAAUGGAAUUUGCGAAAGUGUUCGGCAGCUGCUCUCGAUAUUAUCGCCAGUGUCUUCCGCGACGAUCUUCUUGGCGUGCUGGUGCCCAUUUUGAAGGAGACUCUCUUCCACCAGGACUGGGAGAUCAAAGAGUCGGGGAUUCUGGCACUGGGCGCGAUUGCCGAGGGCUGUAUGAGCGGCAUGAUUCCCCACUUGUCCGAGCUGAUUCCCUAUUUGAUUAACUCGCUGAGUGACAAAAAGGCGCUGGUCCGAUCGAUCACUUGCUGGACUCUGAGCCGCUAUGCCCACUGGGUCUGCGCUCAACCUCACGACACUUACCUGAAACCAUUAAUGACGGAAUUGCUCAAACGAAUUUUGGAUGGGAACAAGCGUGUCCAGGAGGCGGCGUGUUCGGCGUUUGCCACUCUGGAGGAGGAAGCCUGCACUGAACUGGUUCCCUAUCUUGGAUUUAUUCUUGAGACGCUUGUCUUCGCCUUUGGCAAAUAUCAGCAUAAGAAUCUGUUGAUUCUUUACGAUGCGAUUGGCACUCUUGCUGAUUCUGUGGGACACCAUUUGAACAAGCCCGAUUACAUCAAUUUGUUAAUGCCACCCUUGAUAAACAAGUGGAACGUUUUGAAAGAUGAGGACAAGGAUCUCUUUCCUUUACUUGAAUGUCUUUCUUCUGUCGCUACAGCACUCCAAUCUGGAUUUUUACCCUACUGUGAACCAGUUUACAGGAGAUGCGUGUCUCUUGUGGAGCAGACACUAAACCAACACAUUGCAAACACACAAAGUCCAGAGCAAUUUGAAGCUCCAGAUAAAGAUUUCAUGAUUGUUGCACUCGAUCUUUUGAGCGGAUUGGCGGAAGGACUGAAUGGUCAUAUGGAACGACUCGUUGUAAACAGCAACAUUAUGCAACUAUUGUUUCAAUGUAUGCAAGAUCCAAUGCCGGAAGUGAGGCAAAGUAGUUUUGCACUUUUGGGCGAUCUCACCAAAGCCUGUUUCCAGCAUGUUUUACCCUGCAUACCGGACUUUAUGCCGAUUCUUGGUCAGAAUCUCAAUCCGGAAUUUAUCUCUGUGUGCAAUAAUGCGACGUGGGCGAUCGGAGAAAUUUCUAUUAAACUUGGUCCAGACACGAGUGCGUACAUUCCGUUGAUCCUAAACCAACUCAUCGAAAUAAUCAACCGUCAAAACACACCCAAGACUCUUCUAGAAAAUACAGCCAUAACGAUCGGUCGCCUAGGUUUUGUGUGUCCCCACGACGUCGCCCCCAUGUUACAGCAGUUUGUUCGACAGUGGUGCACAUCGUUACGAAAUAUACGCGACAAUGAGGAAAAGGAUUCGGCUUUUAGAGGCAUGUGCCAGAUGAUCAAUGUUAAUCCAGCAGGAGUCGUGAAUGACUUUAUAUUUUUCUGCGACGCUGUCGCAUCGUGGGUUACUCCCAGAGAAGAUCUCAAAGAUAUGUUCAACAAGAUAUUACAUGGAUUUAAACAGCAAGUUGGAACAGAGAAUUGGACUCGAUUUUGCGAACAAUUCCCACCGCAGCUUCUCGAGCGGCUGCAUAAUGUUUACGGCGUUUGAGCGGCCCCGCCUACGUAUGACGGCCGCUUAUUGGGGCAGGCCGGACGGGGUCGGGCGGGGUACAGAAAACUGGGUAGACAGGGUGGGUGGGUGAAACCACGGCCUCUUCUCAAAAACGUCGUCGUCGAUGUCGUCGUUGUUGUCGUCGUCGUUAUCGCAUCAUGGCCACCGUCGUCGUCAAAUCAGUUGUUGUCAGCCCUGGGGGGAGCAGCUGACGUCCAAGUGCGUUCUUUCAAAUGCUGCUGCUACUGCCGCAUCGCGAAAAGGGGCUUCUUCAUCACAUAUCUCUGAACAUGUGCCGUCAUCGCGGCACACUAGCAGGGGACCUCAAAUCUCAAAAUGAAAAUGCGACUACAAAAGAAGACAAAAUAACACACACACACACACACAAAUAAACAAACAUAGAUAGCGUGCCGGCCGAGAAGAAAAAAUCGCGAGGGUAAUAAUGAAAUGGAAAAAAA